UUGCCGAAUGCGACUCACAGGCCGCUGAACGAGAUCCACUGCAUCAUGAUCGCGGGCCUGGGGUUCAGGGCCGCGAUCCACUGCGUCAUCGAGCGCAGCUUCCUUGAGCUGAAGUGCGUCUACUGCCUGAGCAAGACCGACCUCGAGUUCGAGGUCAAGUGCCAGCGCCAGCAGUCCUUCAUCCGCGAGUGCAUCGUCAACUCCACGUGCCCAGCCGUCUUCGCGGCGUCCUUCGCC